AUGAGCCCAUGGGUGCAGGCCCCGUGGCUUCCCUGGGCGCUGCUCCUCAUCCACAUCCCAGGCUGUGUGUCCCUGAGGGGCCCCGGCUCCGUGAAUGGCAUCGUCGGUGGGUCCCUGAGCGUGAGGUGUACGUACGAGCAGGAAGAUGAAAACAACAGCAAAUACUGGUGCGAAUCUUCAUGUGUGAUACCAUGGGAUGUGGUUGUGAAGACGUCAGAGACACAGCGAGAAGCAAGAAGGGGCCAUGUGACCAUCAGGGACGAACCAGAAAACCUCACCUUCACCGUGACCUUGGAGAACCUCACGGAAGCCAACGCGGGCACGUACUGGUGUGGGGUCCUCUGGCCUAUAUACAGCAAGGAUCUCGUGGUCCCGGUGGUGGUGUCCGUGUUCCCAGCCUUCCCGACAGCCCUCCAUGCUGCCUCCAGCACCCCAGGACCCCACCUGGAACCAGCCGAGCCCACCCAGCAGGAACCCCCAGACCUUCCCCCCACUAAUGAUCCGGGGUCCAGUGGCAGAGGGUCCUUGCUCAGCAGCGUUCACUGCCUGCUCCUGAUCUUCCUGAAGGUGCCCCUACUGCUGGGCAUGAUGGGGGCCGUGCUCUGGGCGAGCUGGCCACGGAGGGGCCCGCGACAGGCUGACAGCGCCGUGUGA